ACACGGCGAAGGUAUUUUCUUGAUAACGGUUACACGUUCAUUUGAAAUUUGGAGGAACUCGCUCAUAGCUAUAUAAAUACAUUCGUCUACAUUCGGCCCUCAUCAGAAGUAUUUCCAAUGCCGGUUAAUUACAGCUUCGCAAAAAGAUGAAGCAUUUCACACUAGCUGCAGUCAUUCUUUAUGUGCUGGGUGCACAGGCUGCUCCGGAUCGUACACCACGUAUAAUCGAGGGAAACAUUGCUCUUCACCAACCGUAUAAUGCUUACAUCCUAUAUCUGAAUCAAAACAAUGCUGGAUUCUUCAGUGGUGGCUCGAUAAUUUCUAAUCGUCACAUUUUGACUUCUGCAAGGAAUAUCGUUGGAUUUGUUCGGUGGAAUGUUGGUUUGGGAAGUAAUGUUUUUGUUGAACUCAGCUAUAUAGUGUCAACAGAAGCUAUAGCUCAUCCAUUAUUCGAUAGAGAUACUUGGUUAAACGACAUUGGCAUUAUCGUACUGCCUGUGUCGCUUGUGUUUACAAUACAUAUAAAUCCAGUUGCUCUCCCGCAACUAUCCGAAAGUAUGCUACCAUACGUAAAUGAAGAAGGCUCCAUCGUUGGUUUUGGAUUCACUGACGGCAGUUCAACGACCCAUGCUAACGUUCUGCACCGUGCCUUCCAGAGGGUAAUUACCGAUGCGCGUUGCCAAGCGCGCUACCCAGUAACGGCUCCAGAGCAUUUCUGCGCCGAAGACACUGCUGGUUCUAGUAACGUCUGUAAUGGUGAUAUUGGUGCUGGUUUUAUAACAGAACUGCGUGGCGUACCGAUCCUCACUGGAAUUGCCACGCUGAUUACUGAAAACUGCGGUAACUCAUACCCAACGGGGUACACUCGCGUGGCAUCCUUCCGGUCCUGGAUAUACAGUGUGGCACAGAUCUGAUGAUGCACGGUGAAUAAAUAUAUUAUUUACGGGAA